GCAAGAACCAAGAGCUUGAGUUGAUCGCAGACGAGGCUGAGAAAUUCGAGAUGGAACUUUCGGAAAUCAAGGCCAGACACCCUCCCCAGAUCAAUCUUGAAAAGGAAGUUGAGAGGCUUCAGUCGGAGCAAUCCUGCCUAUUGGCCCGGAACCAUGACCUUGAGGUGAUGGCGCUGGAGGUUGAGAGCCUUCGAGCAGAAGUGGCCCGGCUUCGUGUCAAGAAUCAGGAGCUUCAGUCGAUUGCAUCAAAGACGGAUCUCUCAGAGGAGCGAUCUGAUUUGAAGACAAAAAUGUCAACCCUACAGAAGCGUUUGGACUGGUACGAGCAAGUCCGUGACUGGAUUUCUUGCAGAGGUGAGGACAUCAUGAUUGCCUUGAUCGAGAGGG